CGGAGUUCUAAUUACUUUGCAUUUCACUUUCUUACACCCAAGCACCCAAAUUUACGUUCACGUAUGCCAACCAAUUGACCGAAGAUAGUGACAGUAUCUAGAGGACUGCGCUACUACACCACACCAAGGACACGUGGAAAUGGAGGAUGGCGAGGUGAGCGGUACAAAUCACAUUCAUGCAGAAACAGGCUACGAUCCUGCAUACGAAUGGCCUGGCGAAACAGAAAUCCCACAACCUACGAUCCCAAAUGAAUCUCUUUCAUCAACUUUCAAGCCAUGGCCCCUACUUCGCUUGCUUGUCCAAACGAGCUCCGUCCUUCCAAGGGCACACCGUCUUGCAGUGCUUGAUGAGCACAAAGAAGUCCAGUUUGGGAGAGACGUUGCACCAGCCGGAAGCAGCACCCCUCGCGUGAGGUUGAAAGAAAUGUUGGUUUCUAAAGUGCAUGCGACGAUGUUUUGGGACACAGGAAGGCGAGAGUGGGCAGUUGUGGAUAUGGGUUCCAAGCACGGAUCAUUCUUGCGCCCUGGUGGAUAUGUUGGUCCGGCCGUGAACGUGGGUGAAGGUUUGGGGGUCAGGCUUUCCCCACCACGAGUAGCCAGCUUUCCGCGGGCAUUGAAACACGAAGAUGCAUUGACAAUUGGAAGCACCACGUUUGUGGUGCAUAUCCAUGCGGACCGCAUGUCAUGUGAAGGAUGUGCGUCAAGCGGGAGCGGUGAGAAAAUUAUUCCGCUCUUUCCUGUUUCGAAAGUGCAGAGCCAAGGCAUUAAACGGGCACGGGAGGAAGUCAAUCCUAUACCUGCGGAUGGGAGGGAUGCAAAGAAAGCGCUGACCAUGCUGAAGCGGACGUUGCUAUCUCGUCACGGUGCAGCGAAGUCAUCGGCAUCCAGCCAGUCUUCGAGCUAUGUAGACCGGUCCGCAAAGAGACGAGCACAAUUCCCCAGUUCACCGCUCGAUACUCCAGGUGCUCCCAGUCCUAGAGGCGAUUCACCAUCCGUUGCUUCUUCUGAUUCCGCUGCCAUACCUGAAAUCCCUGCACCGCCCCAGCCGCUGCCGGAAUCGAACAUUGGUCGUCAGCUCUUAAUGAAGCAGGGUUGGCAGCCAGGAACGGCUCUAGGCUCAGGGGAGAGCGCAUCAGGGCUGGUCGAGCCGCUAGAAGCAAGCGCAACUCCACACAGGGCGGGCCUAGGCAUGCCCGAGAAGGCGCCUACUCCUUCCAGCGGCAGCUGGAGAGAGAGCGGAAAGCAAAGGCGAUGGGCGGACAUGAUAGAUAAAAGGUGAACUGUAGCAUGGUAUACUUUGGUAGGUUUGUGCUUCCAUUGCAGAGGUCAUAUUAACGUACGAGCUAUGCAGGUUGAUUAUUGUCCGAUUUUUGGUCUCGCGUGCACUUUGCUCGUGUGCCAGGCCUGCAUGCUGGUAUUAAAUUACGCUCAUCUGCGUCCCCACAUGAUAACAGCCACGCUGUGCAGCGCUUUAUCACGGAAGCCGAUAGUUCAUGUAAAGGGCUUGGUACCUUCUUUAUCUGAUGGAAAUGUGUGUGUGUGUACGUUUGUAUUAUUAUUUUGGUACGUACAAAGAACGUGGUGUGAAAGGACGCGUCGCGACACGAGCGCGACGCGACUGUUUUGAAUUGUUU